AUGCCUCCAUUUUGGCCGAAUGGGAAGUCCCCCGACAUUCCAGCAGCAGCCGUUGCCGGACUCUAUGUACGGGAUGUCAGCAAUGAGAACAUCGUUGAUACCCUAUCUACUGUCGAUCCUAAUAUCCACACCCUCUUCCCACGUACCGAUUCAACAGACACGCCAAAAUAUGGCCAAGGCACGGUCGACCCACAAAGCAUCAAGAUGCAAGGCCUGAUGGCCUUGUUUGCCAUUAUCGGACUGGCUUUUGCCAUCGGCGCAAUCUGGUUUUUCUUCUGGGCCAAGAACGGCGGGUUUGUCUGGCGCAAGGGCGACUGGGAUGAUUACAAGUCCACUGUUCUGCGACGAAAGGGACCCGACGGAAAGACUCUCAGUAAUGCGACAGCGAGUACCGAUCUCGGCGGCGGAAGUAUCGUCGGCAAGGGCUACAACGACGACGCAUACUCGUACACCGAAGGAUCAUAUACCGAUACAGCGACAACUAUGACAGAGAAAUCACGGGGCAAGAAGUUCAGAGAAAGCGCCAAAGAGAAGCUCCUCCGACGCAACAAGCACGAGCAAUGGGAAGGCGCUGAAGAUGCCGACGUACGUGCCUACCGAGAGGAGAAGCCCGCUCGCGUUGGCGGCAUGAACCGUGAAGCCGACGGAACCUACAACGGCAGCGACUACGACACCUCCGCCCCACCUACCGCCUACCAAGAGAGCCAGAUGAGCCAGACUCAUGAUUUUGCCUACGACCCACCACGCCAGUCACGUCGCGAUCCCUCCGGCUUCUCGUUCACACAAGGUAGUGAGGAUGUGAUCAGCGAAGUAACUGAAGCACCUCGCAUCCGAGACCCAUCUACCCGCCGCCACAACCGCCGUCGCGAGCGUCGCAGCGAGGUCGGCCUCUCUGGACCACCUCCCGCACCUUCAUCUCGCACUAGCAGCCCCCGUACUGGCAGCUCCCGUACCAGCAGCCCACGCAAGCACCGUGAGCGCCGCUCCGUGCCGCAGGGCCACUUCACUGAACCCCUGGAUUUCUCAUCUGCGGGCUCCCGUUCCGAGUAUCAAUAUUCCAAUGUUGAUACCGAGGAUUCUGGUACUAAGAGUUACAAGCACCCAAUUCCGGGCUUGACGAAGGGAUACCGCCGUGAUGGACGGAGCCGUCGUCGCGAUAGUCUGAGUGAUAGUGAGGGCGAGACACAGUACUCUUGA